GACAUAUUGCUGUUCCCACCACCGUCCACAUAUCCCGUCAAAGUUGCAUUUGUUUCUGCUUGAGGGCCACUUUGAUCCAGUCGGCUGUGGCCAAUGCUUGCCGGUUAGCCGUCUGUGCCGUCUCCCCAAGAGGGAAGGCAUUUAACAACAAGACUUCUGAGAUUCGUCUAGUGUCUUGUCGAUUCGAAGGGAAAACUCUCUGCAAAUUGCAAAAGCGAGCUUCUGUUGGUCCCUGCCGAGAAUAACCGGAGAUCCGUCCCCUGUCCAGAGGCACUCUGCAAGGCUGUUUAUCGCUGGCCUCGCUGUUUUCACGACGUCGCAGCAUCUGAGGGAUUGCGUGACGCUAGCGGGGCAGCAGAGUCUGAAUCUGGUCUGAAUCUUCCAUCAUCGCCCCCACCAUGGAGCAGCGGACGGAGAACACCAGCCACUCACACCACCCGCCCAGCUCGGGCCAAGACAUGUUUGGUUAUCACACUCCCGACCACGUGCCAUAGCGCGCAUCUGAAGCUGUUUCUCUGAACAAGAGCGCGUUAGUAGAGGCGGGCGGAAAUGCAAGCAGCGGUUGCACGGCGGGGUCCGGGGCGCAGUCGCCGGAAGCCAUCGCUGCGGUGCGGUCUAGGAAUGGAGCCUCGAGGCAUCACCGCAUCCGACCACCUGAGGAGGUUUGAGGUUCUAGAAUGGCAGCAACAUAGCAAGGUGCCAAGGCUGAGGCCAAGAGCUCUUGGCGAAUAGGAAAAGCGGGCAUUCCCAGCCUUUGCAGCCAAGCCCUGAUGACCUCCUUUGCCAAUCCCGCGUCUGGCUGGCCCUAUCAGAGCCCGACUGGAGUGUGUUAGUCUUUGUCAAGAACCAGGGGAUGACGCUCAUCCGUCUUCAGUCGCCACCCGAUUGCAGUCUUAUCACUCCUACCGAACGCCGCCGUCACCCACAGCGGGGCUCUCAAGGACGUAUGCCACGCCCAACUGCUUGGCUCGCCCAGCAUCUCGCAGCAUUGAGCGGGUUUGAAGAGUCAAUCCAAGGUCCGAGGCAGCUGUGGGAGCCAGGAUGGAGUUCUUGGGGCUUCUUGGCCUGCUACCCGCCAAGUCCACUGUUGCUUUGGCCGCCGACUUAUCGGUGAGCAGCAUGCAAAAAGAUGCUGGACCCUGGCCGGUACCCCGACGGAGCACCCAGUUUCUGUGCGGUUACUUAAACAAAGCAGGUACCCCGUCAUCCCCCCGUGAUCCGGGACUCUCUUCUUGCGUCACUGUCCAGAGGAGGAAAAAAACAAGCUUCUCUCCCCCAUCGUCCAAGCUUUGUGCGUCGUUGGCUCCACGGCGUCAAACUCCAUCAUCAGAGUCCGGAUUGUCUAUAACGGCCGUCCCUGUGCCCAUCCUGCUGAUCCUCCCUACGCAAAUGAGACAGACUGCUCAACACUCGAGGUCGUGUUUACCCCGUCAGGUCAACUGGUGAACGUAUCGCCCUCCUCCCCUCCCCCAACCGCCAACAUGGCCGGCGAAUUCCCCAAACACCCGUUCCUCCUUACCCCGGAGGAGACGGCGCAGGCUCUGGGGACCGAUAUCGACAAGGGCCUCACCUCGGCCCAGGUCAAAGAACUCCAAUCCAAGUAUCCUACCAAUGAACUCGAUGUAGGCGGCAGUAUCGCCUGGUACACCAUCUUUAUCCGCCAGCUUGCCAAUGCCAUGAUUCUGGUCCUCUUCUUUGCCAUGGCCCUGAGUUUUGGCGUAGGAGAUUAUAUCGAAGGCGGUGUCCUUGCUGCCGUCAUUGUGUUGAAUGUGUCCAUUGGUUUUUAUCAAGAAUAUGGCGCCGAGAAGAAGAUGGAUGCGCUCCGUGCGCUUUCUUCCCCCUCUGCCAAUGUGCUCCGCGACGGUAAGAUGCAGGUCAUACCAAAUGCCGAGGUCGUUCCUGGUGACAUCAUUGCCCUCAAGAUGGGCGAUACCGUUCCAGCCGACAUGCGGAUGUUCGAAGCCAUGAACCUCCAGUGCGAUGAAUCAUCCUUGACAGGUGAGGCCAUGCCCAUCGAAAAGAUCACCACCACCGAGAUCUAUGUCGAGGGCGGCGAGAAGCUGGCACAGGACGAAGGUGAAGUCGGUAUCGGUGACCGCAUCAACAUUGCCUAUGCUACCACUGUUGUCCAGAAGGGCCGUGGCCGUGGUAUCGUCAUUUGCACUGGCAUGCAGACCGAAGUUGGAAAGAUUGCCGCCUCGACCAGCAAGAAGAGACGCAAGCCCGGCAGGUCCAUGAACUGGAAAAAGUACGGAAAGGCUGCCCCGGUCAAGGGUGCCUUCAGACGCACCUAUGACUUCCUCGGCAAGUUCCUCGGCUUGACCGAGGGUACUCCUCUCCAGAUCAAGCUGGCGAAGCUGGCGUACCUGUUGUUCUUCUGUGCCAUCGUCCUGGCCAUGAUCGUCUUCAGUGUCAACAAGUGGCCCAACCCGCUUCCCAGCGAGCUCGUCAUUUAUGCCAUUUCCACCGGCAUCGCCAUCAUUCCCGAGUCUCUCGUCGCGGUCUUGACUAUUUCCAUGGUUGUGGCCACCACUGUCAUGAGAAAGGCCAACGUCGUUGUGCGUGACUUGUCGGCUCUUGAAGCCCUCGGAGGUGUGACCAACAUUUGCUCCGACAAGACGGGCACUCUUACCCAAGGCGCCAUGAUCGCGAAGAAGGUGUGGACACCUGCCUCCAACAGCAUCUACACUGUCAGAGACUCGAAGAGUCCCGCCGACCCCACUCAGGGACGCGUCACAGUCUCCAGCGCCGACGUUCCCGUCCAAGAGGAAGAGGAGAAGCGCGAUUAUGACGAAGAGAGAACGACCGCAGCCAUCAAGUUUGAUGGUGUCCCCGACGAGAAGCUCAACCCCAAGCCACAAUCAUCCCCCGAGGCCGAGGCUGAACUCACCCCCGACCUCCGCAUGUUCCUCCUCUCGGCAGCGCUUUGCAACCUUGCCACAGUGCGGUUCGACGACAAGGAGGAAAAAUGGAAGACGACCGGCGAGCCCACCGAAAUUGCCCUGCAGGUCUUCGCUCACCGGUUCGACCUCGGCAAGAAGAACGUGGAGGCGACCGGAUGGAAGCAGACGGCCGAGUUUCCCUUUGACAGCUCCAUCAAGCGCAUGUCCGUCAUUUACGAUGCGCCCGAGAACAACGAAAGCGGAUUGAGCACCGAAAACAGCCAUGUCUUCACCAAGGGCGCCGUCGAGCGUAUCAUCGACCUGUGCUCCCACGUCGGGACGACCGAUGUACCCAUGACCGAAGAGUACAAGGAAAAGAUCCUCAAGCAGAUGACCGACUUUGCGUCCCAGGGCCAGCGCGUUCUCGCCAUUGCCUAUCGUGCCUGGAAUGGCCGCUACGUCGCUGGCAAGAACGACGGCGUUGACCCCUCUCUCCCCAAGAACGAUGAAGCCCAACGGUCCGCGGUGGAAAAGGACCUCAUUCUCCUCGGCUUGGCUGGUAUCUACGACCCUCCCCGCCGCGAGACCACUCCCGCCAUCUUCGACUGUGCCCAGGCCGGCAUCAAGGUGCACAUGUUGACUGGCGAUCACCCCGAAACGGCCAGGGCUAUUGCUAGGGAAGUCGGUAUCAUCCCCCGCGACCUCAGUGUCCUCCCCGCCGGUGUUGCCCAGUCCGCUGUGAUGAAGGCUACCGACUUUGACAAGCUCACCGACGAGGAGAUCGACGCCUUGCCAGAACUUCCUCUUGUUAUUGCUCGUUGUGCGCCCGAGACCAAAUCUCGCAUGGUGGAGGCCCUUCGCCGCCGUGAUGCCUUCAUGGCCAUGACUGGUGACGGUGUCAAUGAUGCCCCAUCCUUGAGCCGCGCUGAUGUCGGUAUCGCCAUGGGAUCCGGUUCCGACGUGGCCAAGUCUGCCUCCAAGAUUGUCUUGACGGAUGAUAAGUUCAACUCGAUCGUUGCCGCCAUCCGCGAAGGUCGCCGCAUGUUUGCCAACAUUCAGAAGUUCGUCCUCCAUCUUCUCAGCAGCAACGUUGGUGAAGUCAUUCUCCUGAUUUGCGGUCUCGCCUUCUUUGACGAGUCCGGCAUUUCCGUCUUCCCCAUCGCUCCCCUCGAAAUUCUCUGGAUCAACAUGGUCACUUCGUCCUUCCCCGCUUUCGGUCUCGGUCGUGAGGCUGCCAGUGCCGAAGUCAUGCGCAAGCCCCCUCACGACAAGAGGCGCGGUGUGUUCACCAACCAGAUUAUUGUUGACAUGAUCGUCUACGGUAUUCUUAUGGGCGCCACCACACUCUCGACCUUCAUCAUUGUCGUGUUUGGAAAGUACGAUGGCCAGCUGGGAAGGGACUGCAACAAGCACUACUCGGAGGGGUGCAUUCCCGUGUUCCGCGCCCGCGCUGCUGUUUUCGCCGAGCUGACCUGGAUGAUUCUCCUCACCGCCUGGGAGAUCAAGGACCUUCGCCGGUCCAUGUUCCGGCUGAACCCCGAUUCCGAGUCCAAGUUCCCCUUCUUCAAGGACGUGUACAACAACAAGUUCCUCUUCUGGGCCGUCGUCAUUGGCGCUGUCUCUGUGUUCCCCACGGUGUACAUCCCCGGCCUCAACAGGAACGUCUUCAAGCACACCGAUAUCAGCUGGGAGUGGGGUGUCGUUUUCGGCAUGACCAUCUUCUAUGUCUUUGGUAUCGAGGUCUGGAAGUGGGUCAAGCGGACGCUUAACAUUCUGGAUGACCACAAGGUCAGACAGGGCAAGUGGUCGCAGGGCGAGGAGGGUCAGAAGAUGCGGUUCGCAAAGUCGAUGUCCUUCUCCAGCUUGAAGAGUUGGGCCUCCAGAUCCAAGGCUCAGUCCAACGGCGGCUUGACUCCAAGCACCACGCAGCCGCGGUCGACUUCACAGGCACCCCAGAACCGGGUGCCACAGACUUCGCCGGUUUGAGGGAGAGACGACUGAAUUAAAGUAACGGAUGAUAUGUGGCGUAUGGGACGAUGCGCUGCUGGCCACGCGGCCGGGUCAUGUUGCUUUUUACGUAUAUCUGAGUUGACGAUGUUGAUGAACGAUGAUACCACGCAUAUUUCGAAGCAUGUUGACGAAGAAGAUGCGAAGGGAUCGAGAUAAACAAAGGCUCGGUUAACCCCUCCUAUUAUCGAAGGAAGACUGUUUGGGGGUGGGGGGCGUGCGCUAUCAUGAGUAAAAGGCAUCUUGAUGCCGUGGUUGUUUUGUUGCAUUGUAUUUUGUUUUAUGAUAUCCAGCAUUUGAUCGAACUGUUGGUUGGCGAUGGUCUGGGCAAAUAGGUACUGCCCUCAGGAUCAGUAGAACGUAGCGUAAUGUUUGGCUGUUAGCAUUUGGCACAAUGGAAAUUGAAAGUCUUUACAUGGAAUUUUGUUUAUGGGAAAGUGUUGAACUUGAGAGGGAUUUUAAAACAGGUUCGUGUGACGAGCUUCCAUCG